CCAUCCUGCUCCACCAUGCUAGGAAAGUGUACAUCAAGGAGGAGAGGAAAGAGAAAGGAGAGAAUGCAGAGUUGUUAGUGACUAUGGACACGCCUUGCACUCAGCUCGACCUGGCGACGAUGGAAGGGAAGGUGGUGGGAUUGGGGGAGGAGGAGAAGAUGAAGACGAUUGCAAUGGAGAUGUUGGAAGCGAGAAGUGAUUACAUCUUAGUUCUGCGGAAGGUCGACGAGGAAGGAAACAAAUCCUUCACUUCUCUAUGUCACGCGCCGUCAAUGGCAGACAUUCAGAUUACGGAAUGAUAGAAAGUGAAGUUUGGACCAACCAAACAUCUACAAUCU